AUGGCUGCCAAUGCCGAGCAGACGGACGUGCUCAUCUGCGGCAGCGGCUCAGCCGGCCUGUGCGCGGCCAUGUGGCUGUCUCGCUUUGGCAUCAACUAUAAGAUCCUCGAGCAGCGCGACGGGCCAUUGAAGGUGGGCCAGGCCGACGGCGUGCAGACGCGCACCGUCGAGAUCUUUGAUAGCUUCGGCAUUGCCGAGGCCCUGCUGAAGGAGUCGUACCACGUGCUCGAGAUUGCCUUUUGGGCCGCCGUGACAGCGGACGGCGCGGGCGCAGACGUCAAGGAGGGCAUCCGGAGGUGGCGCUAUGCGCCCGACAAGGAGACCGAAGUCAGCCACCAGCCACAUGUCAUCCUCAACCAGGCCCGCCUGAACGCCCUCAUGAUCGGCGACCUGGAGGAGGGCGGCGUGCCGGCCCCCAUCGAGUACGACUGCGAGGUCAAAAACGUCGAGGUGGACGAGGCGGCAGCAGCGGCAGACCCCGCCGCGUACUGCGUCACGGUCGACACGGUCGAGGGCGGCGUCGAGAAGAGCUACCGGGCCAAGUACGUGCUGGGGUGCGAUGGGGCCCACAGCAUCGUGCGCAGGUCGCUCGGGUUCAGGAUGCUGGGCGACAGCACCGAGGCCGUGUGGGGCGUCAUGGACGUCUACCCGCUGACCGACUUCCCCGACAUCCGCAAGAAGGCGGUGCUCAACUCGAGGGCCGGCAACCUGCUGGUCAUCCCGCGCGAGGGCGACGCCAUGGUGCGCUUCUACAUCGAGCUGCCGGCGGGCACGCGCGUGGCCGACGUGACGCUGGCCGACCUGCAGGCGCGUGCGCGCCUCAUCUUCGCACCCUACGCCAUGGACGUGGCCGAGACGGCGUGGUGGUCCGCCUACGCUAUCGGCCAGCGCCGCGCCGACUUCUUCCACCAGGCCCAUCGCGUCUUCCUCACCGGCGACGCCUGCCACACGCACUCGCCCAAGGCAGGCCAGGGCAUGAACGUCAGCCUGCAGGACGGCCACAACAUUGGCUGGAAGCUGGGCAUGAUCCUGCGCGGCCUGGCCGCUUCGGCGCCGCUGCUCGAGUCGUACAUGAUCGAACGCGAGCGCACCGCCACCGAGCUGAUCGAGUUCGACCGCGGCUUCACGCGCCUGUUCAACACAAAGUACCGCCACGACAACGGCAUCAGCACCAAGUUCUUCGCCCAGCAGUUCGUCAAGGCCGGCCGCUACACGGCCGGCCAGGCCAUCCAUUACGACGACUCGGCCAUCACGGACGCAGCGGGCGGCGGGCAGGACCUCGCGCCCAGGGCGCCCGUCGGCAUGAGGUUCCCGACCGCGCAGGUCGUGCGCUUCUGCGACGCCAAGGCCAUGCAGCUCGUCAACGCGCUGCCAGCCACUGGCGCAUGGUACCUCGUCGUUUUUGCCGGGAAUGUGUCUCAGGCGGAGAGUGCAGGACGCCUAGAACAGGUAUCCGGAGCUCUCGAGCAGGUGGUGCAUCGCUUCACGCCGCCGGGUGCGGACCCGGAUACGGUCAUCGACCGCGUCCUUGUUCUCGCGGGGGACAGAAAGAAGGUCGAGCAGGGAGAGAUUCCUGCCUUCUUCACGCCUGCCACGGGCAAGUGGAAGAUGAAGAACUUGACCAAAGUCUUUGCCGACGACGAGAGCUACAACUCCGGCCACGGACACGCCUACGAGGCAUACGGCAUCGCCUCCCAAAGGGGCGCUAUUGUCGUGGUGCGGCCAGAUCACUAUGUGGCCAAGAUUGUGCGCCUUGAAGACGCCUCGUCGCUGGGCGAGUUCUUUGGGGCCUUUCUCACCGCCCAAUCAUGA